AUGCCCCCCUCGUCCGUCGGCAAGAACAGGUGGGUCAAGGGGGAGACGCGCAACGUCCUCGGCGGCGUCUCCCGCGGAUCCUACGCGCAGGCGCCGUCGCGCGCCUCCGAGUCCGUCUUCAGCGACGACCUCUCGAGCAAUGGAUCCUACUCCCAGAACGUCGGCCACUUUGGCGCGCACGCCUCUUACCAGGCGCACUCGACCGCCGCGGGCGCCCGCGCGAGCUACCGCAACGGUCGCGCCAACUACGUCGCCAACGCCUCCUCCCUCACCACGUCCGCGUGCUCCCAGGCGGGCAAGGCUGCGGUGAUGGUGUGCAUCGUCGUCGGAGCCGCGUUCCUCGCCUUUGGCGGCGAUCGCGUCGGCGACGUCUACUCCAAACUCGCGCCGUCUGCCGAGGCGUUCACCUCGCGCAUCGACGAUGAAGCCGUCCUCGACAACGUGGUCAACGGCGUGCACAAGGCGGCCGCGGACGCGGCGACCAGGUCGGGCUUCGAGCGCAGCUCCUUCAGCGCGGCGGAGGGGGAGGGAACCGCCGAGGAGGACGACGACGACGCCUUCAUCAAGCGCGCCUUCGCCGAUCAGCCCCCGCUCGUCGUUCCGACCCCCGCACACAGGAGCAAGAAGAAGCUGGCGAAGCUCACGCGAAAGUCCACCGACUUUCUCCGAAGCGCGUUCAGGGGCGACGCCAACGACGCGUUCGUUCGCGCCGCGUACGGCGACGGCAAGUUCCUAGCCGACGCGUACGGGUCCACCCAGCCGCACGACGAGUCCAAAACCGAGCACUCCAAGCCGCACUCCGAGUCCAAAACCGAGCACUCCAAGCCGCACUCCAAGUCCACCGGGCGCACCCGCGUCGACGCCGAGGCCGAGGCGGCCCCCGCGGAGACUAGGAAGGCGAAGGCGGAUGAAACCGUUGAAACCGUCAAAGUCACCGCAAAGUCAAAGACUGAGACAAAGACGAGGCCCACCGAGACGGAGCAGCGCCUCGCGCGGGAAGUUCGCGCGAGGCGGGCGAGCGCGGCUGAGCGCGUCAGCACGCGCGCGUCCGAGAAGAAGGAGAUGACGAAGGACGAGCACUCCCCCGUUCAUCGCGGGGCUUCCAAGCCGGUCGAGAAAACGGUCGAAAAGCCCUCGGCUGCGAAGGCCGUCGAGGUGUCCAGGACGGGGAAGAGGGAGCACCACGACGGACGAGAGAAGGAGGGGAAGACGAAGGAUGAAAAGAAGGAUGAAAAGAAGGAUGAAAAGAAGGAGGAAGCACUGCAGGAGGAGGCGCGGAGGCAGGCUGAGGAGAUCAUGGCCGACGCGGCGAAGGCUUCGGCACACGCCGAGUCCGACUUUAAGCCGACGGCGGUGCCCAGGGAGGGCGAGGUGCGACUCUCCUGCGUCGCCGACGAGACCGGCGCGAUGCACUGCGAGUACCCCGGCGCGUUCGACGGCGAGACGCCGAUCCACACGCCGAAGCACGGCGACAAGAAGAAGUCUCAUCGCGAGUCGACUUCUUCGAAAAAGUCUCAUCGCGAGUCGACGCGUCACUCGCACGCGCACGAGGAGGCUUCCGAGGGGAAGAAGGAGAGCGCGUCGCACGCCCGCGAAUCCUCGAAUCACCGCGAACGGGCGAAGCUCGGCGCGGAGAUCUGGAAGCCCGUCGGGAUUGGCAAGCAGAUUCCCGUCACCCUCCACCCUUUCGAGGCUGACGAGAUGACCCGAAUGCCCGCGGGCGUGGACAUGUGA